AUGAAUAGUGACUAUAAGCAAUUCGGCCCUCCGAACCCAACAUACCUUGCAGUCCAUACUGCAAUCGGGAACAUUCUGCAUCUCACCGGCGGCGGUGAAACCAUUGAAAAGCUGAUGCGCGACAUGGGCGAUGAUAGUGCCUUACUAGCCCACGAUGGGAUCACUGUGCUCUUCUGUCGGUUAGCAAACUUUCGCGUUUACCACUAG